AAAAUUAUAAAAUUAAUUAAUAAGAUAAAAACAUAUUAGAUUAUGAGCUUCUACAAUUUUAACUAAGUUGAGAAGGAAGAUAACUUAAAUUUUACUGGAGGUUAUUAUGAUUCUUACUAGUUUUAAAUGAACUCUAACUAAGAACAAAGUUAAAUAAAUGAAAGCCAACAAUCUAUAAUAAAAAAGUUGCUUUAUAACGAAUGUCCUUUUAAUGCACAGAUGAGUGACUAUUAAAAAAAGUUGCUUUUAAAUGAAAAUUCAAGAUUGACCAUGUAAACUGCAUAAAAAUUACUUUAUUAGGAACAGUAAGGAUAUUCUGAAUAUGAUACUCAUUCCAGAAAGAGUGAAUAAAAAUAAAGAAACAGAGUAGGUUCAAGCUAAUUUACUGAUUAAAAGAUGGUAAAAACUGCAAGCCAACAAAUGAAUUAUAUUAACUAAAAUUAACAAUAAAAUAACAAGAAUAUAUGGGAUGAGCUAUAUGAAAAAGGAUUAAAGAAGAAAAUGAUGGUUGAGCUAUAGAUGAAAUAAGGAGAGUAAGAAAAAAUUGAAAAUGAAACUUAAGAUUUAACUUUUUAGCCUAAGCUUGUUGCAGAUAAUAGCUCAUUUAACAUUAAUUAGCCAUUUUAGGAAAGAAUAAAUAACUGGUAAGAUGCUAAAAAUAAAAGAUUAGCUGAAAUCAAGAAAUAUUAUACUGAAUCAGAAGAUCACAAACAAGUAAAAGAGUGUACAUUCUAACCACAAAUUCUAAAUAAAUCAAGAAAAAUUACUUAUGAAAAGAUCAAGAAACAAUAAAAUGAGAAUUUAUAUUCCAACUGUGAAUCCUAGCAAACAGAACAGGAGUCUUAAAUAAAAAAAAAUAAUAUGUCUUCAUAUAAACAGAUUAAUCUUACCAAACAAGAAUUCAAUAAGAAAAAAAAUAUCUUACAUAAUUAGCUGCAAAAUCUUGAGAUAGAUUUAUGA